AUUUGGUGCACAAAAAAACACCCUUCUUUCCUUCUUCCUUUGACUUCAAGAAACCGCUAAAUCAAACCGUCUCCUCCUCCGUCUCCUCCGCCUCCUCCUCCAUGCAAAAACACAAUGAGAUUUCAUCUUAAAUUCCCUCUCCAAACUUCCUUCCAUCAUAACAUCUCUCCAAAAUGGGAUCUACUGAAAGACCAAAGAAGAGAGCUCAGCUCUGCAAGAAAGCCAUCCUCCACUUCUCCCUCUGCUUCAUCAUGGGCUUUUUCACCGGCUUCGCUCCCACCGCCAAAUCCUCCAUCUCCUCCGCCCCCUCCAACAGAACCGAAUUCCUUCCUCCUCCGACUUCCGCACAGAGAACUUCGAAUUUCAGCCGGAACGUGCUCGCGGAACCACCGCCGGCGAGGAAAACAGAGGAGAAGAAUCGGAAAGAGGAACCGGAAAUGGAGCCGCGAAGGCAGAUCAUAAUCGUGACGCCGACGAGAAGUAGGGAUAGGUUGAGAGAAGUAGGGCUGAGGCGAUUGGCGAAUACGAUUAGGCUAAUAGGUCAGCCAUUGCUGUGGAUUGUGGUGGAGGCGAAGAGUGAAUCGAGUAAUUUGGCGGAGAUAAUGAGGAAAACAGGGAUUAUGUACAGACAUUUGGUUUUCAAGGAGAAUUUCACGGAUUCAGAGGCGGAGAUGAAUCAUCAGAGGAACGUCGCUUUGAAGCACAUUGAACAUCAUCGCCUUAGUGGAAUCGUUCAUUUCGCCGGACUUUCCAACUUUUACGAUCUUCGAUUCUUCGAUGAACUCCGGGAAAUCGAAGUGUUCGGGACAUGGCCAAUGGCGGUGGUGACCGCAAACAAGAAAAAGGUAGUAAUCGAAGGGCCUGUUUGUGAUUCUUCUCAAGUAAUCGGAUGGCAUUUGAAGAAAAUGGGCGACCAAAUUCAAAACCCUAAGCCCCAAAUCCAUAUCUCCAGUUUUGCCUUCAAUAGCUCCAUUCUUUGGGACCCCGAGAGAUGGGGUCGAACUUCCUCUGUCCAAGACACUUCUCAGUCUGUUAAUUUCGUGAAACAAGUAGUACUUGAAGAUGAAGCUAAACUUACCGGCAUUCCUUCGGGAGAUUGCUCAAAGAUCAUGUUGUGGAACCUUCGUUCCUUCACUAAAACUCCUCCGCCCAUUCAGCAGUUGCCACCUGUACAGCAGGUCACCCAGUCUCCGUCACGGCAAGGAACUUGAUUAAGAAACCCAAAAGUAAUCUGUAGGAGGGUACAUUCGCCCAUCCAACGGUCUUGAUAUUCCCGAUUUUUUAUUCAUUUUUCUUUUUUUAAUUGUAAUUGUUAAUCUCUUCUAUUUCUAUUUAGAAAGAGGACUUCGGGUUUAGAACCCUUUCGGAAUGGGGCAGGUAGGCCCACGUACAGUGGGCCCCUUUAAAGCACAGAUUGGUUGACCUGUUAGCCCAGUGGGUUGGUAAUUGGCACUGUACUCUGGCCCAUUGUGUACGUGGGCCCAUUUAAGGAACAAAUUAGUUGACCUGUUAGCCCAAUGGGCUGGUAGUUGACUCUACUCUG